AUGGCAUCUCAGCUUGUGCCAUUACGAGAAGUGGAAAGACUGAGCUCGAACGUCAUUCGGAUACUGGGGGGAAAUCCUGGAAAAUUUACACUACAAGGCACAAACACGUAUUUAAUUGGGACUGGACGAUCGCGGCUUCUGAUUGAUACAGGAGAGGGAAAGCCAGCAUGGAUCGCAUCCUUGAAAGACACUCUACAGAAAGAAAAUGCAACUGUUGGCCAGGCAGUCAUCACCCACUGGCACCAUGAUCAUACCGGGGGAAUCAAGCAUCUACUUGAAUAUUCGCCGAGUACAAUUAUCUAUAAACAUCAACCAAGCGACGGUCAGGAAGACAUCGAGGAUGGCCAACAGUUCAAAGUUGAAGGAGCCUCUUUGCAAACAGUCUACUCUCCCGGACAUACGCAAGAUCACAUGGCUUUAGUGCUCGAGAACGAGGAUGCGAUGUUCACAGGUGACAAUGUUCUAGGUCAUGGUACAGCGGUGUUCGAAGACCUGUAUGCAUAUAUCAAAAGCUUGAACAGAAUGAAAGGCGCUUUCAAGGGUCGAGCCUAUCCUGGACACGGUCCGGUGAUUGACGAUGGACCAAGUAAAAUUGUUGAAUACAUCAAGCAUCGUCAAAUGCGAGAGGACCAAGUGGUCCAGAUUUUGAAAACUGCUAGGGAAGUUGGAAGCGACGAGGCCAGCGGUAGCGACCCUCACGAGUGGACGUCGAUGGAGAUUGUCAAGUUGAUUUAUAAAGAUGUCCCCGAGAACCUUCACCUACCAGCAAACGGAGGUAUCACUCAGAUCCUUCUCAAGUUGCAAGAAGAGGACAAAGUCGUCGAGAAUCUGAAGACAGACAGGUGGAGCCUCAAAAAUCGCGCUGCGCUGUGA